AUGGCGAAGCAAACUGAUAUUGAGCAAAAGCAGUGGAAGGAGAGAGGUGUUGGUACAGUGAAACUUUUGAAGCACAAGGGAACUGGAAAAGUUCGGCUCGUUAUGCGACAAUCCAAAACCCUCAAGAUCUGCGCCAACCAUCUCGUUCUUCCGACGAUGUCGGUCCAGGAAUACACCGGGAACGAAAAGUCAUGCGUUUGGCAUGCGGCUGAUUUCGCUGAUGGCGAAUUGAAAGAUGAACUCUUUGCCAUUAGGUUUGGGUCUGUUGAGAAUUGCAAAACAUUCAUGGAAAUGUUUCAAGAGGUAGCUGAAUCACAAAAGAAAGAGGAAAACAAAGAUGCAUCUGCUGCUGCCAGGCUACUUGAGAAACUGAGUGUUGAAGAUGAGAGAGCAGCAGAAGACAAAGCCAGUGAAGAGGUGUCUGUCAUGGUCUGAGAGAGCCGAGAGGUAAGAGAGAGGAAGAUGAAGUUACAGUCUGGGUAUGUGUAGAGGUCCGGCGGGCGGCCAAGGCGAGGCUGCCGCCCGCCGGUGAAGCAGAAUGAAUAGGUUCUUAACCUAGCUCUGAUACCAUGUAAGAUAAAUUGAUGUAUAUUAUUGACUGAUAUUAUAUGACCAAAUCAUCUCAAUUUAUUCUUCUCAACUUAUUUUCUAUCGGCACUACUACCCAUUCUUGAAGAUACUCCUUCCUAACU